AUGGAAGUGGUUGAUAUACUUACACCUCCCUUGUCCAUAUACUGUUUGCCGAAUACCCUACAGAAACUUUCUAGUGUACAACGGUCAAUCUUCUCAGCAGUCAAUCUUCUCAGCAGUCAAUCUUCUCAGCAGUCAAUCUUCUCAACAAUCAAUCCUCUCAGCAGUCAAUCCUCUCCGAAGUCAAUCCUCUCAACAGUCGACCUCUUCAGCAGUCAAUCUUCUCAACAGUCGAUCUCCUCAAAAGUCGAUCUCCUCAACAGUCGAUCUCCUCAACAGUCGAUCUCCUCAGCAGGCAACCUUCAUCCACACCGCCCAAGAAGCGUCCAGCCAAACACAAUGCGAUCAAUCCUCCUCGCGGCUCUCGCAGCCUUCCCACAACUCGCCUUCAGCAAUCCAACCCUUCAAGAGAACCCUCACCUAAGCAUCCACGCAAACUCAACGACUGAAUCUCACCCCCAACAGCGAUCCAAAACCUGCAGAAGCGAAUCGCCGACGACGAUAUCCAUUCGAUACAUCACCUACGGAGCUCUGUUAAGAGAUAAGAAGCCGUGCGUUCAGAGAAAUGUGCAUAUAUGCGUAACUGUUCGCCUGAAGCGAAAUGAGGUAGAGGCUUUGCGACGUGUGGAAUCAAUCGAUGCGAGGAGUGGAGAUGGAGCUGGUUGUUAUGGUUUUUUGGCAUUUAUCGUGGAUGUAUGGCCCAAUCGCUGCAUUUCUGCGCAACAUGAACUGCAUAACAACUCUAACGAACCCGAUAGCCGGGCAGCGGCAACGAGUAUGUUAAUCUUCACUAGGUUCUAG